AUGUCACACGGAGGAAAUAAUAAUGCAAAUCAACCAAAUAAGACCCAAGCCAUUCUACAAGAAGUAGACAAGGUAAAGGAUGUUAUGCACAACAACAUUGGUUUGAUGUUGGACAAUCACGACAAGGCAUCAAAUCUCCAAGACAAGACUGCUUCAAUGAACAACAAUGCUCGUCUCUUUAAGAAACAAACAGUCACCAUCAGAAGACAAAUGUGGUGCAGAAAUAUGAAGCUACAAAUUAUUAUUGUUUUGGUUGUUCUUUUGGUUUUGGCUAUCAUUUUGAUUCCAAUCAUUCUUAAAUUUACAAACUAA